UUCCCCUCUUCUCGCGAGACUUGGUGUGACCCCCGUUUGCAAGACUCGCGUUUCCCCCGCAGAGGAGCGCGCUCGCUCGCGCCCCCGACGCCCCCCAAACACGCGCGCUUCCCGCGUCGCUCGCUCGCUCGUAUUUGACGCUCGUCGGUCGGUUGGCGCGGAGCGACGAUGUGGAUCCAGAUCCGCACGAUCGACGGCAAAGAGACGCGGACGGUGGAGGAUCUGUCGCGCCUCACGAAGAUCGAGUCGCUGCGCGUCAAGAUCCGCGACAUCUUCAACGUGAAGCCGGAGCAGCAGAGGCUCUUCUACCGCGGGAAGCAGAUGGAAGAUGGUCAGACGCUCUUUGAUUAUAACGUGGGUCUUAACGACAUCGUCCAGCUUCUCAUUCGCUCACAGACGGACGCGCCGGAUAGCCCCUCCCUCAGCAACGAAGAGGGUGUGGCCUGUGCAGUAGCCCCGCCCACCACAACAUCUGUCCCCGCCUCAGCCACACCCACCACAACAGUCGUUUCCCCAGAAACCGUCGCCAACAGCAACGGAAACGGGUCCAAAUGCUGCAGCCCGGCGCCGGACAGCCAGCCGUCCACAUCCAGCCGGACGCUGCUCAUCGAUCCCGGGAUCGGACUCUUCAGAGUGAAUGAGUUGGUGGACUGCAGGGAUGUCAGCAUCGGCGCCUGGUUCGAGGGCGUGAUUGAGAAGGUCACUCCUGCCUCUAAAGGACAGAACGGCCGAGUCGAGACGCCCGCUCCGGCCCGCGUCGGCCGACCCAGCAAACGGACUAACGGCAAGCUGGAGUCUGAGCCUUCGUCAUCAUCAUCAUCCACGGACGCUCACAGCACAGCGUUACACUCGGACCAACCGUCCACGUCCAAAACGGAUCCGCCGCACGUCUCCUACCACAUUAAAUAUGAAGAUUAUCCGGAGAACGGCGUGGUGGAGAUGAGCGCGGACGAUGUUCGUCCGAGGGCCAGGACUCUGCUGCGCUUCGACCAGCUGCAGGUGGGAGACGUGGUGAUGGUCAACUAUAACCUGGAGAACCCCGAGGAGCGAGGCUUCUGGUACGACGCAGAGAUCUCGACCCUCAACGCCGUCUCACGCACCAACAAAGAGAUCCGCGUCAAGAUUCUGCUGGGAGGUCCGGGUGAUGUGAUUGGUGACUGUAAGCUGCAGUUUCUGGAUGAGAUUUACAGGAUAGAGAAACCAGGAGCAACGGCACUGUCCGCAGCAGACGGCCCCUUCAAACGUAAGACGGGUCCGGAGUGUAAGCACUGUAAGGCGGAUCCGGAGGCUGAGUGUCGUUUCUGCUCGUGUUGUGUGUGUGGAGGGAAGCAGGACGCUCACAUGCAGCUGCUGUGUGACGAGUGUAACAUGGCCUUCCACAUCUACUGCCUGACCCCUCCACUGACCGCCAUCCCCGAGGACGAGGACUGGUACUGUCCCACCUGUAAGAACGACAGCAGCGAGGUGGUCAAAGCCGGAGAGAAACUCAGAACCAGCAAGAAGAAAUCCAAGAUGCCAUCAGCGACUACAGAGAGCCAGAGAGACUGGGGCAAGGGUAUGGCGUGUGUGGGCCGCACUAAAGAGUGCACAAUCGUCCCCUCCAAUCACUACGGCCCCGUUCCCGGCGUUCCCGUCGGAACCACGUGGAAGUUCCGCGUUCAGGUGAGCGAGGCGGGUGUCCACAGGCCUCACGUCGGCGGGAUUCACGGACGCAGUAACGACGGCUCGUACUCGCUGGUGCUCGCUGGAGGAUUCGAGGACGAAGUUGACCGGGGUGAUGAGUUCACCUACACCGGCAGCGGAGGUCGCGACCUCUCGGGAAACAAGCGCAUCGGCGAGCACUCGUUCGAUCAGACGCUCACACACAUGAACAGGGCUCUGGCGCUGAACUGUGACGCCCCUCUGAACGACAAGGACGGGGCGGAGUCUCGCAACUGGAGAGCGGGAAAACCGGUGAGAGUGAUUCGCAGCUCCAAGGGCCGACGGAUCAGCAAAUACGCACCGGAGGAGGGAAACCGCUACGACGGCAUUUAUAAGGUGGUGAAGUACUGGCCGGAGAUUGGGAAGUGUGGGUUCCUGGUCUGGAGAUACCUGCUGCGACGCGACGACGUGGAGCCCGCGCCCUGGACCCCAGAGGGGAUCGAACGCAGCAAGAAACUCGGCCUCAAAGUCCAGUAUCCUCCGGGGUAUCUGGAGGCCAUGGCUAAUAAGACGAAGCGCGAGGCGACGGUGCGGUCGGUGGGCGGCUCGACGCGCGGCAGAAAGAGAGGACGACCCCGAACCACACGACCGUCCAAGAGAAUCCCGGAGGAAGAGGAGGAGAAACCUGCGGAGAACGUGGAGGAAGAGCUUCAGAGCAACGGCAGCGCAGACGCUCACGAAGAAGCAGACGAGAACACGGGUGUGUGUGAGCCGCAGGAGGAGCCGCAGGUCAAGCGUCUGAAGGAAGUGGAGUCGUUCGUUCUAUCAGAACAGCAGCGGAAUCUGAUACAGGAAGACGAACCUAACAGGAAGCUGUGGGACGAAGCGCUGAGCUUCCUGUCGGAGGGACCGAACUUCCUGCGGAAGGUGGAGCAGCUGUUCAUGUGUGUUUGUUGUCAGGAACUGUCCUUCCAGCCCGUCACCACCGAGUGUUCACACAACGUCUGCAAGACGUGUCUGCAGCGCUCGUUCCGCGCCGAGGUCUUCUCGUGUCCCGCCUGCCGUCACGAUCUGGGCAAAGACUACGUCAUGAGCCUCAACAAAACCCUGCAGCUGCUCCUGGAUCAGUUCUUCCCCGGAUACAGCAAAGGACGAUGAAUCUGAUCCACAAAAAACGGACAAAGAUCUGCUCUCCGCACAAGCAUCUCACACACACACACACACACACACAUACACACACCAGCCUGACAUCUGUGUUCACGACCACAAACCCAACGGAUGCUGGGACUCGAACCCUUCGACACACAUCAUGAACAUCAUCAGCAUCUGGAUCAGCAGCGACCACAGACUUCUCCUAAAUCAGUCAAAUUAAUGUCACGUAAGAAUCAAACCCUGUCAAAAACACUUCCAACUCAUUUCACCCAAAAAUAAAAUAAUUAUAUCAAUUGUUCAUUAUAUAAAUUUAUAUAUACAUAUAUCUAUAUCUAUAUCUGUCUAUAUAUAUAUAUAUAUAUAUAUAUAUAUAUAUAAAUUAUUUGAAUUAUUAACUAUAUAUAUAUAUAUAUAUAUAUAUAUAUAUAUAUAGUUAAUUAUUCUAUAUAAUAAAAUUUAAAAUCAAGAUAAUUAUAUGAAUUAUUAUUUUAAUUGUAAUUAUGUAAUUAAAUAUUAAAUAAUUAAAUAUGAAAUACAUAAAAUAAUUAUAUUUUGCACAAAAGAAGCCUAUUUUAUGAUAAUUUGCAUCGUGACACACUUAAACACAUUUUAUCCCAAAUUCUCAUGAAUGUGUCCAUGUUUUAGUUUUGAGUUAUUUUUAUUUCUCUUUAGUCUCAAUGAUUUUCAAGUCUAAUUACUGUUAAAAAAAAAAAAAAAAAAAAAAAAUUAUUAAAAAACAAGCAUAAAAUUAGAGGCAGUGCAACAAAUACAAUGUGUAAAUGCUUUUAAUAUGUAUCAUUUUUAUAUUUACUUUUAAUAUUUAAAAUAUAUAAAUACAAUUUAACAAAAAAUAAUAUAUCAGUUUUUUGCGUCAUAUUAAUGGCAUAAAAUGUGUUUACAUUUAAUAAAAAAUAAUGUCACUUUAGAAUAUCUGAAUGAUCUUUAAAAUAGGCUUCAUUUUCUUAAUGCAAAAUAUAAUUUUUUGUACCUCUUGAUUAAUUUCGGAGUGAACUAUGAGUCAAACGUGUUCUUGACGGGAAUCGAAUGACUGAAUCUUUGAUUCGCUGAAAUGGAGAAUCAGUCCGAAUCUCUCCAGAUCUGCUGAUGUUUCUCCAUCUUUAGCUGGAUUGUCGUGACAGAUGGAGCGAAUCCGCUGCUCAAUCAUCGUGAACGUGAUCCGGAGCGAUCAUCUGUUCUCUGUUUGUUCCCUUCGGUUGUUUGUUGCUCGGCCUGUUCGUCUCUUUUCGUGGUGGUGUCGUUUUUCUCAAAGAUUUCUGCUAUUGUUUUUCAGGAACUGCAGAUGUACGAUGUUUAUCCGCUCGUCUGUGACGUGUGUCAUUCCCACAGCGAUAUCCCGUCUUUGAUUUCCAGUGCUGGCUUUCCUCUCGUCUGUGAUCUUGGCUGUUUUCUCUCACGCUCUCGCUCUUCUGCUGCGCUUUCCUGUGGUGUUUUAUGUUUUAUUGCACUUACUUACGAUGAGAAAUGAGAUUGUGACGGAGCCGUCGGUUUAUUUUCCUACUUGUUCGACUUUCACCAUUUGCUCUUUCAGUGUGGCAAACCUGACCUGCGGUCCCAGCAGAAACAUCGCUUCGAAUUGUGAUUCCGAAUUUUAUACAUGGUAUAAUACUUGUUAUGUACUUAUUAAAUAUUUUGAUUCCAGAA